UGGAGUUUAAUCGCAUUUACUAGUUAACCGUCUGGAUAAACAACCUCCCGAUGAGCGCCCGAACACAGUAUUAGCCCCUCAUCUGCACUGAGGACGAGACAGACACACCGAAUACGGCGAUGAUCCAUACAGGUUCAGUUUUAGCGCUGCUGGGUUUGAGUUUUCUUCUGUCUGAUGUUGCUGGAGAUGAACACUCUCUGUAUUAUCUCUACACUGUCCAGUCUAAAAGCUCUACAGACAGAGUCUCUGAGUUCAGUGCAGUGACUCUGCUGGAUGACAGACAGAUUGACUCCUACAGCAGUACAGACGGGGUCAGGACUCCUAAACAGGACUGGGUGAAGGAGAUGAAGGAGAGUGAGUGGACAGCAGGCACUGAUAAACUGAAGUACGAUGGACACCAGUUAAACAAGAUCCUCAACAUACAGAUGAAGGACUUCAGACACGAUGAGUCAGAUGGUCACUCUCUGCAGUGGAGAAUCGGCUGUGAGGGUGAAAAACAAUCUGACGGCUCAGUUUCAGGUUUAAACUGUAUUAAUGAAUACGGCUACGAUGGACAGAGUUUAAUCUCCUAUAACUGGACCUUGAAGAAAUGGUCAGCCUUAGUCAGUCAAGAUGGGAUAACAGAGGAGUGGAACGCUGGACGCGGUCCAAACGCUGUUUAUAAUUGUGAAGAGUGUGAGCACUGGCUGAGGAUUUAUUUACAGUACAACACCACUGAAACCAAACAGACUCGAGUGGAUGUUUAUAUGUUUGUGAAGAAAUCUGUAACUGACUCGACCAAGCUGACCCUGACCUGCCUGGCCACGGGCUUCUACCCCAAAGACGUGGAGAUUACACUGAGGAAGUUCACCACUUCACUGCCUGAACAUCUACUAACAUCUUCAGGAGUCAGACCCAAUGAUGAUGGAACCUACCAGCUGAGGAAGAGUGUGGAGAUCCAGGAGGACGAUACAGCAGAUUAUUAUUGUUAUGUGAAUCACAGCUCCCUCGGAGAGCCAGUGAUAAAAAAAUGGGGUAAGUAUAUAUUAUAUCCAUGACGAUAUUCUGGCUGAUUGUUCGCCAGUUUGAGGAGAUUGUAGUGAAGU